AUAGGUUGUUUCCCGAGGUCCAGUUAAAACGGAGAUUAACCGUUUAAAAUAGCCUCAACUCUCCUUUCCUGUACAUUUUUCGCUCAUGGAUUUAAUUCCAUUAUAUGUUGAGUUCUAAUUUAUCAGUCAACCAAUUGGAACCAGAAUGUUGACGCUGUAAGGAUUUUCGUCAAAACCUUUGAAGUUUAUCCGAGUCUUAAAUAAAUUGUUUUUCAUGACAGCUGCGUCGCCUUCUAGAGAAAUUCAGUGCACAUCACCGAUUAUACCUUUCAAGUUAAAAGUGUAUCGAUUUAUUAAUUGGCACUUCGUUUCCAAAAGCAGAAUCGUAGAUCAGGUGUAACAUUAUUCCCAAAAUUGAGCUUCUUUCUGGCAUUGGCAUUUCUUCGGAUCUUUCAUUACGAAGAAUUUCUGCAACACAGAGACGGUGAUCUUGCAGGACCAAUUUGUUUUACCUUCCUUGUAAUCUAGUCCCUUCGUCAUGGGGAAACAGAACAGCAAGCUGAAACCAGAAGUUUUGGAGGAUUUGCGUCAAAAUACGGAAUUCUCUGAUGCGGAAAUUCAGGAGUGGUACAAAGGAUUCUUAAAAGAUUGUCCUAGCGGGCACCUUAGCGUUGAAGAAUUCAAAAAGAUCUAUGGCAACUUUUUCCCUUACGGUGACGCAUCUAAGUUCGCUGAACAUGUAUUCCGAACCUUUGAUGCCAACGGUGAUGGGACCAUUGACUUCCGGGAAUUUCUUUGUGCCCUAUCUGUCACUUCCCGUGGUAAACUGGAACAAAAGCUGAAAUGGGCUUUCUCCAUGUACGACCUUGACGGGAACGGAUACAUCUCACGACAGGAAAUGCUUGAAAUCGUUACGGCAAUUUACAAAAUGGUGGGUUCUGUGAUGAAGAUGCCCGAAGAUGAAUCUACUCCCGAAAAGCGAACCGACAAGAUUUUUCGCCAAAUGGAUAAAAAUAUGGAUGGGAAGCUAUCGCUUGAAGAGUUUAUCGAAGGAGCCAAAAGUGAUCCGUCGAUUGUCCGGCUGCUUCAGUGCGAUACCCAGGGAGCUGCACAGUAGCAAAAACCCUCCCAAACAGCAGCACACAACGCACGACAAUGACAUCUCGACAAUUUAUCGUAAGGGAGUGAGGAAGGAGUGGGCCAAUCAGUUUGUGGCAUGUACAUCUAUCGACAAUAUACCCUAAAGAAAACACAAUACAAACCCAUCCCCCCCCCCCCACAUCCCGCCAGAUCUCCUCUACUCUUCUCAUUGAUACCAUCUUGAAAAUACAGAUAAAUAUGUCACUGAAAACAAAUUAGGAGACUGAAAUGAAGGUACAUUUAAUUAAACCCUUUGGAGUGCAAGACUGCGAUUAGACAAGUCCGUUUGUCCCUCUGAUCAUAAUUGUGUGUGUUAAUUAUCUUUACAAAAAAAAAUUGUUGAGUGAAUCUGGAGAAAUUGGUGUCCCAUGGAUGAUAACCAUUUUGUAUAGUUGGCUCUCUUUCAUUUUUCAGUUUUUGAUGGUAUUUUGUUUUUUUUUAAGUAGAAUAUUCCAUCAUCAUUACUGUAAUAUCGUUUGUUGCGACUCGGGCUGGGUACAUACUUACCUCAUGAAGGUUUCUUUAUUCUACUUUAUUUUGAGUUCCAUUUCAAAUUUUUCAUUGUCCGUAUAUUACAUAAUAAUUAUCAAAGUUGUAUUGCAAUCAUGGAAAUCGUGAAACGUGGCUCUUAAGAUAAUAUGCCAAGCAAGAGUGAACAAACAUACUCCAAACAACUCUAGAAAAAGAGAAAAAAAAAACACGACAGCAUUGCACAUUCUUUAAUAAUUACAUGAGGUGGUUGGUUUACUUUUUCUCAGGUGCGUGUUUCUCUUUUUUUUUUGCUAUCUUUUCUCUCAAUUCUUUUUCAAACUGUGACAUGGUGUUUUUGCAACUUGGUAUUUGCAUUUAUUUUAUUGGCCAUUUUCCGCCUUCUUCAGUGUUUGGGACUCCAACCUUUUGGGGGUGUGGAUCCAUUUUUCUCACAUUCUUGUGGAUUUGAGUGCCGUCGUCAUAAUUCCACCUGAGCAACCCCAGCAAGAUGAAUGAAAGCUUUAGUUAUCAAUUGAAUAUGAGCACCCACUUACUUUCGAGCUGUCGCUUAUCUUUACCGUGAAAUUCAAUGCAUGUUUCCUUAAAUUACGAUUAAUAUACAUAUGAAAACAAAAGUAUAUCAUGCACACGUUAUUUUGAUCCCACUUUGUUAAACAGAUAACUUUCGAAUGGCAGUAUGAGGAGAAACAAACAUUAAAGCUUGGGUCCACUCUGUACUUGAACGGAAAAAGAAGUUGAUUUGCUGAUCGCACUUUUCCGCUUGCUUAUGUACUGGCACUUUAGCGGAAAAAGUUCUGACACCUUUUUUUAUUAUUUACCAUUUUAUUAACCAAACAGAAGUUUCUCCACAUCAAUUCAAUCAUUUACAACACAUAUAUAUAAGUGAAUUUUUGUUAAUUUCAGUUUCAGUUACGACAUUCACUUAAUCAGAGAUUUUAAAAAAAGAACAGUUUGAAAAUUCAAAUAAAAAAUAUGUUGGAUCACUUUUACUUUAUUGUUAAUUAAGUAAGUAAUAACAAAUGCUACAAAGUAAACCUACUUUUUAAUGCCCUAUGUAAUGUGCAUAUUAUUUUUAUGGACUCACUGUUUGUCCAUUAAUAAUGUUUGGUUUCCAAUUUAUGGACCAUAAUUUGAGGAGCCAAUUGAACAGCAAUAUACCGGUAUGGAAUAUCUUUUAUCGCAUGCCAAACACUUUUACAUGGUAAAAUACUUUGCUGCAAAAUAAUUCUCUAAUGCUUUUUCAGGUUUUUUUUUCAGACUUUGCGGCAUUGAGCUGGAUGAUUUUAUUGGUUCAUGGAAUAGUGUCUUCUACGGCUGAGCGCUUCUCGGACACAAAUAUAUGGGGAUCAUUCGUUGUAUGUGUUUAAAAUUUUUAUGAAAUCUGGGUUUUAUAUGCCUAGUUUUCUACUAUGCUAAUGGUUGUUUCCUUAAUAUAAUAUUCUAUCUGUGAAGUUUUUUGUUGUGUUUUUUACAAGUGAAUUGAAAGUGCUCGGCAUUGACAAUUGGUAUAACAUCAUCUAAGACAGUAUAUAAAACUUGACAUUUAUUAGGUGUAUUUUUAAAUGCCCAGAGCAACGAAUUCUUUGUUUUUGGAGAAGAAGGUAUAGAUGGCAAAAGAGUAUAAGGCGUCAUACAAGGCACAGUGACGAAAACAACAAAUGAGGAGAAAGGCCAAUACUUUAUAAGUUAGAUGAGGCAUCAACUUUCAGAGUCAAUAAAAAGCACUUCUAAAGCAAUAAACAAAAA